AUGGCUCGUGGAAAGAUUCAGCUGAAGAAGAUCGAAAACCCGGUUCACAGACAAGUGACGUUUUGCAAGAGGAGAACCGGUCUUCUCAAGAAGGCUAAGGAGCUCUCUGUGCUCUGCGACGCUGAGAUCGGCGUUAUGAUUUUCUCUCCCCAGGGCAAGCUAUUUGAGCUCGCUACCAAAGGAACAAUGGAAGGAAUGAUUGAUAAGUACAUGAAGCAUACCGGUGGUGGUCGUGGUUCUUCUUCUGCUACUUUUACUGCUCAAGAACAACUUCAACCUCCAAAUCUUGAUCCAAAGGGUCAGAUCAAUGAGCUUAAGCAAGAGAUUGAUAUGCUUCAGAAAGGAAUAAGGUAUAUGUUUGGGGGAGGAGAUGGGACGAUGAAUCUUCAAGAACUUCUUUUGCUUGAGAAGCAUCUUGAGUAUUGGAUUUCCCACAUUCGCUCUGCUAAGAUGGAGAUUAUGCUUCAAGAAAUUCAGUCCUUAAGGAACACGGAAGGGGUCCUCAAAGAUGCCAAUAAGUACCUCCUCGAAAAGAUAGAGGAGAACAACAAUAGCGUAUUAGAUGCUAACUUCGCAAAUGUGGACACUAACUAUUCUUAUCCGCUAACCAUGCCAAGUGACAUAUUUCAGUUCUAGAUCAUACGGUAUUUGAAGACUAGUCUUACGAAUUCAAAUGAUCUUGGUAAGUAUAAUUAGUGUUGUUAAAUCACACAAAAUUAUAAUAAAACAUGUGUAACAUGCUACGUUGUUAAAAAUCUCUGUGUGUUUUUAAUUAAUCUCUGUUGUUCUACUUUGUUGGCGUGAGCAAUACAAUAACUACAAGUGUGGUGUGCUGGUGUGUACUAAAGUCUUUCUCAUUUCUAUGUAUGUUUGAAUUUGUGGAUUAUUAUUUGGUUG